AUGUGGUCGAGGUUAUUUUUACUGUUAAUUUUCGCUACGUUGCUGCUGGAGGUCAACGCUCUUCAUUUACAAUCUAACAGAUACCAUGCAACGCAACUAAGAACCGGACUAAGAAACAGAUCACGACGUAGUGCAGAACUAAAGUGUGUUUUGCCGCCACAACCUGCGAACGGAGAGUACAAAGUGACAAAAGGGAGUGUCGUCAACGGGAAAUCGGCGCUCGUCAACCUUCUAUACUCUUGCAAUCCAACAUUCGCGCUGGUUGGUGGUCCCAGCGCCUUUUGCUGGAAUGGAGAAUGGAAUUAUGUAGAUCGACCCCGUUGUGUUCAGACGUGCAAUUUAAUAAAACACCGCAGUAUGCAGUACAACUGCAUCAUAAGCGGUUCCGAUGCAACCAGACCCUGCAAUAACAACGAAGUGGAGGGCACGGUGAUACAGCCAGCUUGCAAGAAACCGCACUACUACACCCCAGUGGAACUGCCAUAUAUGGUCUGCCGACAAGGGAACUGGAAUGUCUUGCCAACUUGCAUUCCAGAAUGCGGCUUACUUACUUCGAAAAAUGCAUCAACUGGUGCAGUUGUACCCUGGCAUGCUGGCAUCUACUACAAAAAUACGCCAGCCGUAACACACGAGCGUUUUUGCAGCGGUUCCCUGAUAAGUAACUCUGUUGUAGUGACUGCGGCUCACUGUUUUUGGGAUGAAAACAUUAAGGCGAUCAGGGAUGAAAAAAACUACGCAGUAGCUGUUGGAAAACUAUACAGCGAUUGGGGUAACGCUGCUGAUGAAGAGUACGCUCAGAAGUCUGACAUAAAGAAAAUAGCCGUGCCGAAGCAGUUCCGUGGCGCAGAGACAAACUACCAGGAUGACAUCGCCGUGGUGGUGGUGUCGCCUUCCUUCGAAUACCAGUUCCACGUGCGGCCAGUGUGCCUCAAUUUCAAAUACGAAUUGUACGAAGAGCAACUGAAAAGCGGAAGCGUUGGCAAGUCUGCUGCAUGGGAUGUUUCUUCUGACAUUGAAGUAUCCAACUCAAAUAAGCUGCAAGUGAUCGAUAUGCCUUUCCGUUCUCAUGACGACUGCACUACGACUUCAGCCGAGGACAAGUUCUGCGCUGGGGAUGCAAAUGGUCCAGCGUUGUGCGGAACAAAUGGCGGUAGUGGUAUCACAUUCCCCGCUACCAUCCAGAACACCACCAGGUACUACCUUCGCGGGGUAGCAUCCAUCAGGCCGACAAACGACGGGAAGCAGUGUAGCACUUUCACCACGUUCACGUCGAUCGCUAAAUACCAGAACUUGAUCAAGACGUACUGGUUCUUGUAG